CAAUCUACAAUAAUACGAUAUAUUGCACAUCAUUACUUCACUUACAACUUUGAUACUCACUUCAUCAAACACUUAUCAACAAUAUCACCAAAAAAGACACAAUGGCGCCUAAAGUUCUCUUCGUUUUAACUUCAUUCGGCUACAUCGAUAGUGCUAAAAAGGAGUCCGGCUGGUAUCUUCCCGAGUUCGCCCACCCGUACGAAGUCCUCUCCGGGAAAGGCGUUGAGAUCGUAAUCGCGUCGCCGAAAGGAGGUAUCGCACCGUUGGACCCAGCAUCAGUGGAACAAUCCACAUCAGAUGCGUCCUCGAUCUCAUUCCUCAAGACCAAGUCCGCGCUGUGGGAACAGACUACCAAACUCUCCUCAUUUCUGGGGCGCUCAGGAGAAUUCGACGCAUUGUUUUACCCAGGCGGAUACGGGCCUAUGUACGACUUGGCAACCGACAGUGAAUCCAUCGCGUUGAUUAAGGAGUUUGUUGCAGCGGGCAAGCCUGUUGCUGCAGUGUGCCACGGACCUGUCGUAUUCACGGGCGUCACACUACCUGACGGCAAGCCUCUUCUCGCUGGCAAGAAGGCCACGGGGUUUAGCAAUGCCGAGGAGGUCGCUAUCGGCCUGCUCGAGCACUUGCCCUUCUUACUCGAGGACAAGAUGAAGGAGGUCGGUGCUGAGUACAAGAUAACGGAGAAGCCGUUUGACCCAUUCGUGGUGGUUGAGGACGGCGGGAAACUUAUCACAGGACAGAACCCUGCCAGCUCUGCAGGUGUUGGUGAAGCGCUUGCGAAGGCCAUUGGUGUUUAGAGGGGUAGCUCUACAGUGAAGUAGGAAGACUGAAGAAGCUAGGAAAAGGGGGUAAUCAACGCUGACACCAGUCAGCCGAGGAUCCACCAAGAUGG